AUGAAGUGCCGACGAGAAACUUUGUCAAUAGUUGACGAUGGACGAGGCGGUGACGGGGCAGAAAGCUUACAGGGCGGUCCCCGCAGGGAAGAAUUUUUGAAAGCUUGCGAGCUACACGAAGCUCUGCAAGAUAGAUCAUUUCCGCUGAAAAAUGAACAAAAAAGCCAUUUUUCGCUUGGACAGUAUUUUGCAUAUAACUUUUGUUCCGAAAAAGAUGAAGAGUUGGCGUUUUCACCAUUGAAAUCAGCGUCCAAAACUGCAUCUAGCAAUGUGUGUCGCGCCGAUGGCGUAAUUGGUCGAUACGAAUCUAAAACGUCAUUUCAUUAUGAUGCAAAAACAACUGAAAAAGUUCGUUUUGAUACAGAAGCAAUUGAAUUGAAAGAUCGUGAUGGUGGUGGUGGCAAUAAUUCAAGAACUGCUUUGCGAAUACGUCGUCAACAAUCAAGCGAUAGCAGUUUAAAUUCAUCACCACGACAAAAGACGGGAAAGAUACGGAUUAAAGAAGCCAAUGUACUGAUGGAAAAACAACCACUGUCAAAUCAUCAGCAAAAAGAUGCUUCCAAUGAAGAUUAG